GAUACUGUCUAGCUUACUAACUUGUUCAUGUGGGAUUUUCCUGGACAGCUGGGUUUGAGUUCCUUGGUGUGUUUUUUUGUCCAGUUCCUGUUUCAGCAGAAAGCUCACGGAUCUACUAGCUGCGUCUUCGACAACAUUCAAGACAACCAUCUUGUUUCUCUUCAGGAGAUUAGUGAUGAGCUCAGCGAAAUACCCCAGUUGAGUGUAGGAGUUUGACUCUCCAUUGUGUGAGGGUCAAUGAAAGCAGGUGCUGAAAAUUAGUUCUAAUCCCGGACUUAAAGGAGACAUGAGCACACGAGUCGCGCGGUUAGUCCCCGAGCUCUCACACGCACAUAUCACAGAGCACUGACAAAUGGAAGCUGAAGGAUGCUGGACAGAAAUAUCUUGUUUGGAGUGAUAGGCAGCAGCAGCUGAGAUGUUGAAGGUCUGCGUUGAAACGACGCCUGACUGGUUAACGAGCCCGGUGUGCGCUCCUAAUUUCGCUGAGCAGAAAGAAGCUCGAGUGUAUGGACAAGUGUGUUAUCGGAUCCGCUUUAAGUUGGUUGGAUAGGACAAAAAUAUCAGUGUUUCUAAAAGACAACUUUUGAACAGGGACUGGACUGUAAACACUGAUUCCAAACUGGCAACCCAAUCUCCUGGUGCCCAGUGAACGCUGCGCCGUGUGCACUUGGCAAUCAACGAGAGAAGUGUGGAGGCAGUAGUAUGGGAUAGCAAUGUUGUCCAGGGAAGGUAUAAUUCCUGACGACUAUGUCCUGACCCGGUUGGCGGAGGACGUGCUACAACCCCGAUUCAAGUCGAAACAAAGGAAGUCGCGCUUUGUUUCCAAGAACGGCGCGUGUAACGUUGCGCACACGAACAUCCGUGAACAGGGGCGCUUUCUGCAGGACGUGUUCACCACCCUGGUAGACCUAAAAUGGCUUUAUACGCUGAUUAUCUUUACCAUGUCUUUUCUGUGCAGUUGGUUCCUGUUUGGCAUGAUCUGGUGGCUCAUUGCUUUCGCGCACGGCGACCUGGACACGAACGCGGACGGAUUUGUGCCAUGCGUCACCGACAUACACUCGUUUUCCUCAGCCUUUUUGUUCUCCAUCGAAGUACAGGUGACAAUAGGUUUCGGAGGGCGCAUGAUUACGGAGGAGUGCGUGUCCGCUGUUAUAAUUCUGAUCAUACAGAACAUUGUGGGUCUGUUGAUUAACGCGAUCAUGCUGGGUUGCAUCUUUAUGAAAACAGCGCAAGCGCGCCGCCGCGCUGAGACUCUGAUCUUCAGCAAACAUGCGGUGAUCUCACUGAGGAACGGCAAGAUGUGCUUCAUGGUGCGCAUCGGCGACCUGCGCAAAAGCAUGAUCAUCAGUGCCACAGUACGCAUGCAGUUGGUGCGUCGUAGCAACACGGAAGAGGGUGAAGUGAUUCCCUUGGAGCAGAUUGACAUCCAGACAGACAACCCGGUGGGCGGCAGCAGCAUCUUCCUCGUGUCACCGCUCAUCAUCAGCCACGUGAUUGACAAGAGCAGCCCUAUGUAUGAGCUGUCAGCUGACGCCUUGCAGCGCGAAAACAUUGAGGUUGUGGUGGUGUUGGAGGGCGUGGUGGAGACCACCGGCAUCACCACACAGGCGCGCACAUCCUACGUGUCAGAGGAGAUCCUGUGGGGUCAGCGAUUCGUGCCCACCGUGUCCGAGGACGACGGCAUAUACGCCGUGGAUUACUCCAAGUUCGGCAACACGGUGAGGGUUCCCACGCCGACCUGCAGUGCCCGGAAGCUGGACGAAGAUGAGGGCGUGGUUUGGUUUAAAUCACGAGACCUCACUUCCGCCAGAGCUUCCAUGCGUAGGCGAGUAAAGCGUCAAGCGACCCAUCACGAUGAGUGAACCGCAUUCUCAAUGGGAAAAAAUCAUAUCUAGAUAUAGAUAUACGUGCAGUUCGUUUUUUAUUCUAUACAAAUGGAGUUAUGCAAUAACUUAGCCUGUGCAAAAGCAUCAAUAAAUUAUGUGAAGAUUAAUUAUCAUAUGCAUGCACGUUUGCACGGUAUUUUUACUCAGGGGAUUUAAUGUUCACAUACUAGUUUGCUACAGAUAAAUGCAUCCCACACUGGCCUUGACAUGCAAAUAAACGACUGUUUUCAUGA